AUGCGUGUCUCUGUUCCUACCAUUCCGGACGCCGUCCUCCGGACUGCAAACUCUCAGAACAGACGAAUAGCUCCUGCUCUUGCCAUCGAACGCAUCUCCGCCUUUCUCUCUAAUGGAAACACUGCCGUCAUAACCGGGGCUGGAGUGAGCGUGGACUCGGGUAUCCGCGCGUAUAGAGGGGAGCACGGUAGUUACUUGAACCCAAAUUAUAAGCCAAUAUUUUAUCAUGAGUUAAUGGAAGCCACACCUAGAGGAACGGGGUUUAGGCAACGAUACUGGCUCCGCUCGUACCUCGGUUACCCACCCGUCCGAGAUGCACAAGCCAACCCCACACACUACGCCCUCGCUGCACUCCAGUACUCAUCCGUCACCCCUCACAUUAUAACACAAAACGUAGAUGGGCUGCAUCACAAAGCCAUCAAAGACGUUUGGCACGAGUCACGACGAAACCAGGGCAUCCUCGAGCUACACGGAACAUUACAUAGAGUACGAUGUUCUCAUGGGCAUGCAAUAGACAGACAGACAUUUCAGGAGAGGCUCGGAAUUGCGAACCCGAAGUGGAAGGCGUUUGCAGAGGAGCUGGAGCGCACAGGAGCCCGACCCCGAACGAACCCGGAUGGAGAUGUGGUCCUCCCUGAGGGGACGGAGUACGACACGUUCGUCCUACCAGAUUGUCCCGACUGUCUGAAGGAGAACCGCGUGAACGACCUGCUGAAGCCUGAGGUCAUUUUCUUUGGCGAGUCGAUUCCUGCACCCGUGAAGGAUCGAUCGUUCGAGAUCGUAGAUUCCAGCGACAGACUGUUCGUCGUCGGUACGACACUGGCCACAUUUUCCGCAUUUCGGUUAGUCAAAUACGCCAUUGAGCAUCACAAGCCCGUUCUUCUCCUCAAUAUCGGCCCCACGCGCGCAGACCAGCUCGUCGGUAUCGAGACGAUCGAAAUCCCGGCUGGCUCCGUUAUGCGGGAGGUCGUGAAGGGGGUAUUGGGGAGCAGCGCCGACCGCGACGCUGUUGUCGCGAAGAUGUUGUCCAGCGGCGUUGUUAGGACGCCACCUGGGGACUACGACGACCCCGUGCCAAAACCGACGGGAGUCUAACCGUGGACGCACAAGGUCUUCUAGGACGUAUUGGGUAUACUAUAUCAUGUACGACGACAGGGUGUGGGUAAUCAUCGUCAGCUUCAGAGAUAUGCUGUGGCUGAGUGACUAGUGGCUAGCGUGUACACCCGAGCAGGUUUGUGUGGUCGGCAAUCGC